UUCUGUGUGUUCUUCAUUGCUUCUCUACUCUUUGACAUACCACUUCUCUCUACUCUCUAGUCCCUUAAAAAACUUGUCUCUUCUUAGACAUAUAUCAAUCUAUCUAUCUAUCUAUCUAUCUCUAUAUAUAUAAUACAUUGCUUCUUAGAUAUAGAGUGGUAGUUAGCUCCAUUAGAUAAGAGUUGAGAAGAGAUCAUGUCAAGCAGAAGGACACGUUCAAGGCAGCAGACAGGGUCUUCAAGGAUCACUGAUGACCAGAUCAAUGAUCUUGUUUCAAAGUUGCAAGCUCUUCUCCCUGAAGCUCACAUUAGAAGUGGAGAUAGGGUUUCUGCAGCUAGGGUUUUGCAGGAGACUUGCAACUAUAUAAGAAGCUUGCACCGUGAAGUUGAUGACUUGAGUGAGAGACUUUCUGAGCUUCUCUCCACUACUGAUAUGAGCAGUGCUCAAGCAGCCAUUAUCAGGAGCUUGCUCAUGUGA